AUGUCAAAGCAAUCUGGCUGGAACAAAUAUUUCCAUCAGGAUCAAGCCUAUGAUACAACUUAUAAAACAUCUCAACCAAUACCUUCUUAUGAUGAAAACCAACCGUCACAACGAUUAUCUUAUUUUGCAUAUACGGAUGACUACAUUCCUGCUCAAAACACCGAUUCAGAAAAAGGAAUAAGCGAAAAAGCUGUUGAUCCUACAGACCCUUCCUUCUGGGAUACAUCGCAUAAUGCCACUACUAGUCGUGAAUUAACCGAGCCUAGUGCUCCGCCCGCGUCCGUGGGCGAUAUGGAAGAAACGCCACAAAAUUCGGCAACGAUAGCGACGCAAUAUGGAAAUUUAGAGAGUGAGGAAACUUACGAAAGUGACGAAGCAGUAGCCAGACGUGUGCUCCAAGAAGAACAAGAACAACUUCAUAGGCAGGGUUUAUCUAGUCGAUAUUUUCCACCAGGUGAAUCAGAAAGUUAUUAUGCCGCUUAUAACCAACCUGAAGCUUCAACUCGUAGUGGAGGACCACCACCACCUUCAACAUAUAACGAAAAAGCAAUAGACGAUUCUUACGUGCAAAAUCAGAUGGCAAAAAAAACCGUGUGGAGACCUUAUUUCACAUGGGUCGUUACUUUUGUGCAACUCAUUAUGUUGAUUUAUGAAUUUAUUGAUAAUAAAAAUUUAACAGGAGAAUUGAUAGAGACAAAUCCUUUUAACCCCAUGAUUGGUCCUGGAACAGCUACUCUAAUCCAAUUGGGAGCUCGUUUUGUUCCUUGUAUGAAACCCAAUGUUACCGGAAUCAGCAGCAAUGCCUUGUUUGAAUGCCCGAACACAGGGUCUACGGGCUGUACUUUGGAACAACUUUGUGCUCUUGGUGGUUUCAAGAGUGGUCAACCAGACCAAUGGUAUCGAUUCAUCACACCAAUAUUCCUUCAUGCUGGAAUUGUUCAUUAUGCUUUGAAUAUGGUUUUCCAAGUAUUUACUGGAGCUCAAGUAGAGUCUGACAUGGGGUGGUGGAGAUAUAGCAUUAUUUACAUGGCAAGCGGUAUAUUUGGGUUUAUUUUCGGAGGAAAUUUUUCUUCGCCUACAAUUCCUACCAUGGGUGCAUCCGGCAGUCUAUUUGGUGUUGUCGGUGUCAUACUUCUGGAACUUUUGCAAAGCUGGAAGAUUAUCAGAAACCCAUGUUGGGAACUCACUAAAUUAUUAGCUAUAAUUAUUAUUUCUUUUUUGGUGGGUCUUCUUCCAUUUUUUGAUAACUUUUCACACAUUGGUGGGUUUUUGAUGGGCUUGAUAACCGGGUGUGUUUUAAAUCCUACAAUCAACUUUUCGAAAUUCCACAAACGUGCAAACUGGAUCAUCAGAAUAGUUGCGCUGCCCAUAUCUGUGCUCCUGUUCUAUUUACUUAUCCAUAAUUUCUAUACGACUAACCCAAGUGAAUCGUGCCCAUGGUGCAAGUACCUUAGUUGCUUACCGGUUAACGGUUGGUGUGACAACACCGGAUUAACGAACACAACACAAACUAACUAA